AUGUCCAGAAUGAAACAUAGAACUGAAAAUAUAAAUGGAUCUAUUGUUUCAGCACUGAUAGCUUUGUGCUACAAAAACUGUAACAAUCCCAAUGUGUCACAUAAACUGAUAGUAUCAACUAUGUACUCCGAUAAUUAUAGGGACAGUACAGUCACGUAUGGUCUCUUUUCCGGAGAAUUUGGACUAUUUCUCUUAACAACACCAUCUUUCAGUGCGCUUUACAUGACAUGCGUUCCUUCUGAGAACGCGUGCGCCGUCAGUUGCAAGACUGUGGCGGAAGCGAGAAAAGAAGAGGUGAAGGCUUUAGCACAAGGCUACAGACCUAACGACGGCUGUAGCGCAGUGACGAUUGUUAAUACCACAGAUCCACUACCUGAUCCUCCUGUUCUACCAUUUGGUGUCUACGUUAGUGUACUUCUUUUUCUCUUCAUACAACUUGUGCUCGCCGCCAUCGCUGCAGCAUUAGCGUUGCUUAAUGCUUUAAAAAAUCCCACAGAACCUAUAUUUUCUUUACCUGGUUGUGUUUGGACAAAUGUAGCUGCAGAAUGUGUUGGUUUAAUAGUUAUGUUGACGUUCGGCAUAUAUUGGGCAGCGUCGUCGAUUAAGAAACAUCUGGCAUUCUCUUACGUAGCUUUGGGACCUUUAAGUGUUGAUGCCAGUUUAGGAUAUUCUUAUUGGGUUUUAAUAGGAGCAGUUAUAUGUUCACUAUUGAACGUAGCGUUGUUAGAAACAAGAAGAAUAUUAUUGGAAAGGGAUCCUCCACCGCCAACAAUAAAAGUUGAAAACCAUUCAGACGGAACCAUAUUCUUAUAUUAA